AUGACCUCAGAUAGAAACGCUGGGCUUAUCAACUUGUUCGACCUUGCUAUGGUUCCAAAUUCAGAGGACUCUGCGAUGGAUGAUUUUGUCGUAAACCUCUUCAAGGCUCUUGGUUAUGUGAGACGGAAUCGCAUCGUCCGCACUCGCAAGGACAUUCCUUUACUUAUUUGUGGGGAAUCGGAUGUGUGCCUAGUGGAUUGUGAUCGGAAUGAUAUCUUGCUCUUGGCUGUGGAAAACAAGCGCUUCAGGCAGGGUGAAUGUUCUAUGGGUGAGGGCUUAGUGAAAUGA